GGGUUCGCGUAGCUCGGCCGGCAGAGACCCCGAAAAGAAAGUGGGACCAGGAUGGACGCGGGCGGAGGUACGAUUCUUGCCACUUCGAGUACACGGAGAGAGGGAUUCAAGGAUCAGGCGGUCUUCGGCUAUGGGACGAGCAUCCCGCCGAACAACAAUGAACACGAGGAGAUCGAGGUCUCCCCGAGGAAGGUGAUAUUCUGCGUCCACGGGAAGCUGUCGGGAUGCUGCACCGUCGUGAAAGGUGGAGCCGGGGACGAGGACCCGGCUCCGGAGUACGAGCAGAAUCCCUCCCUCGGCAAUCUAUCGAUUUCAGCCGAGGAUCACUGCCAUAGAGAAAGGAACGACCAGAUAGAUAAAAAAGCGCGCAAGAAGCUCAUCAUCGCCAGCAUACUCUGCGUUAUCUUCAUGAUCGGUGAAAUCGUCGGAGGUGUCUUAUCGAACAGUUUGGCUAUUGCAACCGAUGCGGCUCAUUUACUGACAGACUUCGCAUCGUUUAUGAUAUCUCUCUUCUCCAUAUAUAUAGCUGGCAGACCUGCAACGAGAAAAAUGCCAUUCGGUUGGUACAGAGCAGAGGUAAUCGGAGCGCUGACUUCAGUGUUACUGAUAUGGGUCGUUACUGGAAUUCUUUUUUAUCUCGCUAUCGAGCGAGUAGCCAAUGGUAACUUCGAAUUGGAUGCCUCGGUGAUGUUGAUCACCUCUGCGAUCGGUGUUGCGGUAAAUCUGGUGAUGGGCUUGACCCUGCAUCAGCACGGCCAUGGACAUAGUCACGGAGGACAUAGUCACAGUCACGGGCAUAGUCAUGGCGCAGGAAAUCAUGUCGAUCACGAAAAGAAUCCCGAAGACGGCACUACGGAUGGCAAGCCCGAGAAAAACAUUAAUGUCCGGGCAGCCUACAUACACGUCCUCGGGGAUUUUAUUCAGAGCGCGGGCGUUUUUAUCGCGGCUCUUAUUAUUUAUUUCAAGCCAAGCUGGCAGAUCGUCGACCCGAUCUGCACCUUCCUCUUCUCCGUCCUCGUCCUCUUCACGACGGUGGCCAUCAUAAAGGACGUGAUGAACGUGCUAAUGGAAGGAAUACCGAAAGGCUUCGAGUACUCCCAAGUGGAGAGCACGUUCAUGCAGAUUGACGGAGUCGUCAAGGUUCACAAUCUGCGGAUCUGGGCCCUCUCCUUGGACAAAACCGCCUUGUCGGCCCACCUCGCUAUCAUACCCGGUACCAGUCCUCAGGAGAUCUUGCGCACGGCUACGCGGAACAUACACGACAAGUACAACUUCUUCGAGAUGACCCUUCAGAUCGAGGAGUUCAACGAGAACAUGGAGAACUGCAAGCAGUGCAAGUCGCCGCCACAGUAAUGCAUCCUAUGUACAUACAUGUCCUAGUAUUCAACGAGCUCGUCCCAUUCGAGGCAAGAAUUACCCCGGAGUAAUUGUCAACUAUUCAAUUGCUUGGUGGUUACCGAGUUCGAAAUUUCGGUGCUCAAGUUUUAGGGACGAGAGGAUUAUCCCGAUCGACUGCUACCGCUCGAUCGGGACCCACGACUUCGAUCUUCGUCCUUUGUGGCCUUCGUACGUUUUAUCAAAUUGUAUUAUAAUAAAUUGUAAUGCAUAGGAAGGACGUGAUUGCGUGGUUUACACGGUGCUCGAUGUACGUAGGUGCAUCGCUAUAUUAGCGAGAGCGACCAGAUGCAACCGAUCCUGAGUUUCGUUUGCGGAUCCAAAUUUAUAUUCCCGUUCGACUCGUCAUUCUUUGUGUCGAUUAGUCGACAGAUCACGUAGAAUUGCGAAUUUGUUGUAUGUUCAUUGCGUAGACCUGUAAGACACGCAGACACCGUUUACAAAAACGCGCUAUUGUUUUUGCCAGCCUUAAGGUGAUGUGAAAGGAUCGUUCUAUAUAUAUAUAGAAUUAUUCUUUCAUAUCGCCUUAAGUCAAAGACGGCCUGUUAAGAUCCAACGACAAUAUGUUACUUAAUAAAUCAUUACUUUCGCUAUUUAUUGUUAAAGUAUUACUAUGUAAUACUGUAUAUAAGUAAAAUAUGGGCGGCUCUAAUUCUUAUCUUUUACACAGAGCAUCGAUGCAAAAAUCAGAAACUCUACAUUUAGCGCGAAUUGAAAGUUCAACAUUUGAAAGGUAGAAAAUAUUAACAAACUGGUUUAUUAAUAAUAAACGUCAUGUCCUGUAACCGUUAUAUCGUCCUGACUUGUGAUCGCUAAAUCUUUGCAGUAUUAGAAAUGAACUAUUUUUGUAACGAUACAUUUGGUCGCCCUCGACUAUAUUUAGUAAGGUUUUCAAUGGUAAAUAAUUUAGGUAAUUACAAGACCGAAUGCUCUCCAUUGUGUGAAAUAAUGAAAAAGCGUUUUAAGGAUAAAUCAUUUUCGCAAAUAUAUACAUUGAGGAUUUUACUUUCA